AUGCAAUCUUUGCCAGAUCAAACUCUAACAAGAUAUGUAGAAAUGGGCUAUGGUGAGAUGAAUAUUCGAUAAUGCUGGGAACGUGCAAGAGGAGAUUUACAUUUAUUUGAAUAAUUUCUAUUUGAUGGAUGCUCUGAUGUUAGUGAAGCCAUACUUUAUUAAAUUUCUCAACAAGAUUACUUCAAUAAUGAUGUAUAUAUCAUGAAUUAAAGUCAAAAAGGAAAUCUUUAGAUCAUAAAAUAUUUUGGAACAAAUCAAAAAUGAAACACUUUAGAUGUAUUAAUAAAGUAGUCGUAAAAUUAAAUUACGAACUAAGGAUAAAUAUGUUGGAUUACUUAAUAUAGGCAAUACUUGUUCUAUUAAUUCAGUGUUAUAAUUUUGUCAUCAAAUUCCAUAGUUAUUUAAACUUUUGUUAGAAUGUUAGAAUGGAAAGAGUUAAGUAAAUAUUUCUAUUAAAUUAGUAAUAUGAAAAAUUUGUGUUAGAAAUAUAAAUUCUAUUUACUUAACUCAUAGCAUCUAAUGUAGAAUAUGUAAUUCCAAGAGAUGCCAUUAAAAGUAUAAGUUGGGAACCUCAAGAAUAAGAAUAUAUAGGAGCAUAAUAAGACAUUAUCGAAAUUUUUAAUUUAUUAUUAAAUAAAUUUGAUAAAUCCAUACGUAGAUUGCAUAUGCAAAAUUUAAUGGCAACAGAUGUCUUAAGAGUUGAAUUAUUUGGAAAUCAAAAAAUGAAUGAACUUUUUUAAAUAAUUCUUAUGAAUGAUAAAAAUUAAAGAGAGUAUCAUCCUAAUAUUGUUGCUACAUUGAAACAUAAAAAUAUUAGAACAUUUUUAUCUAAGGAUUUUAGCAAUAAAAUAUUAGAAUUACCUAAAUUUUUAAGAAUUUCAAUUAAUCGAAUUAUUUUUAGUAAUAGUAAGAAAUUUGUUAAUUAUAGGAUCUAUAAUAAAACUAUAAAACGAAUUUAUUAUUGAAGAAUCAUUAAAUCUUGAAAUGUGUGUGUAUAAUAAUAAUUCUCCAAAUUAAAAGGAAUAAAUCAAUAAAUUAUUAAAAUAAUCAACUGAUUUAUAAGAAGAAAUCUAAAAAAUUAGAUUAUAUUUAUCCAGUCUAAAUGGUGUCAUUUAAGUAUAUGAAAAUGAAGGUAUUUUUAUUGAUCUAAUAUUUUUACUAAAAAAAAAAUAGGAAUCAAUAAUGAAUUAAUUAAAAUAAAAAGAAGAAAUUUAUAAAUAAAACCAAUUAAAUAUUAAUAAAUUAACAUCAAAUAGAUAUUAAUAUAGAAUUCAUUCAAUUGUAAUUCAUUUUGGAUCAGCUUAAGAAGGACACAAUUUGAUUUAUAUAUAUAACUUUUUUUUAGAAAAAUGGAUGAAAUAUAAUGAUAUUAGUGUUCAAUUUGUUGAAGAAAAUGUAGUAUUACAUGAUUCCAAAAUUUAUGGAUAAUUAGUUACAUAUGUUAAUCAAGAUAUGAUUCCUCAACUUAGAUCUCACUAAUAGUUUAUAUAAAAUAUUGGAAAUAUAGUUGUGGCUUAACCUAAUAAAGAGUUAUAAUAAAUUGUUGAAAUUAACAAUAUUCCCUAAAACGUACUUACCUUUGUUACAAAACAAAAUCAAGAGAACUACAGAAAUAACCAAAAUUAUUGA